CGUGGCGUCUUGUUUGGCGCGGUGGCGGUUGAGGUGUUGUUUACAGUUGACACCGAUAGUUUAGUGAUAACGACUCGUGUCUCUCGACUACAGUCGCGCGUGCGUGCGGGUCCUGUACGUGUUUAGUGCGAUCACUAACUAGUCUCUAUUAGUGAUAACGAGGAGAUGUAAGGUGCUGCACGAAUUGUGGAUUGGAUGUGAAGUGACCGGAGUGUCUGCGCUCAGUUCGAAUUGUGUUUUUAUUGUAUUUCACCAAGAUGAACUGCAGCUGAGUCAAGCGUGCAAUGAGCUUCCCGAUGAGCAACGGUCGCUUCAGCGACUCUGACAUCGACGAUUUCUCCAGCGAUUCCGAGUCCGAUUUGUCGGUGAACUGCAACUAUGAUCGACCUAUAGUGGCCGGAGAACUGCAGACCUUCGCUUUGAAUGCGGCGUUGGUCACAGAUAUCACGUCACCAAACGAUGAGGCCAAAGAGUAUGUUGAGGGAGUCGCCCAGGAAUGGUUCCAAGACGAAGACAGUGACAGUGGGAGUGACGAUUGGACGAGCUACCAGAGAGAUAUCGGUCUGAACAAGACAGAGCAGGCCGAACUGAAAAGUGGGAGUGAAGGCAAGACGGUCCCUGAUUCGUCCUCCACAAGAGAACAGCUCGAGUACAAAUUCAAUCCCUUAAAUGACACAUCAACAGAAAUUCAUAAUGAAACAGACCCCACUCAAGAAAACUCGGAUUUGAAAAUAAACCACAAGAUCAAAAAGAUAGCCCCCAAAAAGCCAGUUGAUGUAGAUAAAAGCAACGAGAAAAAUGAAGAAAAAAGCCCUCAACUAAAUCGACAAUUCAACAGUGUGUCUCCGAAAAAGAGAGCCAUCAAUCAAAAUAUAGUGAUUGAGAAUAAAUCUUUGGCCUUGUCGUUGGACGGCCAGCUGGACAGGAAUUUGACGACCAUUUGUCAACAAAAAGAAGACGAUGACGAAGGCAUCAGCAGUGAUAACGAUAGUAAAAAAAGUGAUCAGUUUAAUCAUCAACCGAAAGGAACUGUCCUUACCAGAAAGGAUACGUAUUUAAAGCGCGAAUUUCGACCUAAGAGUGAGGCUUGCCUGAACACACUUACACAAGCUAUUAAAGAUAACAAUUUGUAUACAAGUAACCUUAGCUUGAACAGUGUCAGUCUGAGUGUGCAGAGUUUCAUGAGUGAAGGGAAGGUGUCCAGAGAAAAGCAAAAUAGUGUUGACAGCGACGAGGGCAGAGACGAGAUCAAAAACUUGGAUAAAAAGCCCAACUUCGCCUUUAUAAGGGGGUCGGACCCGCGCGUGGCGACAUGUCGCGGCAAGCUCCAGAACAAGCGCAGCAAGUUGAACCAGGAGAUCAACAAGGAGUUGAGGCUAAGAGCGGGCGCUGAGAACCUCUUCAAGGCCACAACAAACCGGAAGCUGAAGGAGACAGUUGCGCUAGAGUUGAGUUUCGUCAACUCGAACCUGCAGCUGCUCAAAGAGCAACUAGCCGAACUCAACAGUUCCGUGGAGCUAUACCAGGGUGACAGCCCAGAGCCUGUAAUGCCCAUGAUUCCGCUGGGGUUGAAGGAAACAAAAGAAAUAGACUUCAGAGAACCUUUUAAAGACUUUAUACUGGAACAUUAUAGUGAAGAUGGAGCAAACUAUGAAGAUGCCAUUGCUGAAUUAAUGGAUAUGAGACAGGCAAUGAGAACACCUCACAGAGAUGGAUCAGGCGUCGCUCUUCUCUUCCAGUACUACAACCAACUGUACUUCGUCGAGAGGAGGUUCUUCCCACCAGACAGAAGUCUUGGAAUAUAUUUUGAAUGGUAUGACUCUCUGACAGGAGUACCUAGUUGCCAGCGGACUGUGGCGUUUGAGAAAGCGUGUGUGCUGUUCAACAUCGCAGCACUUUACACACAGCUAGGGGCCAAGCAGGACCGUCUGACAGCCAAGGGUCUUGACCAAGCUGUUGACAACUUUCUUCGUGCAGCCGGCACCUUCACUUACGUCCACGAGAACUUCACUAACGCCCCCAGUAUGGACCUGGCACCCCACAUGCUCGAUAUGCUCGUACAACUCAUGUUGGCUCAAGCUCGUGAAUGUCUUUUUGAGAAAUUAGAAUUGCAGUCAAGAGAUAAACGGGAUGUGGACAUUUCACUAGAUUUGGCUCAAGAAGCUGCUCAGGUGUCGGAGGUGUAUUGCAGUGUGCAGACCCUGAUAUCGGUGUCGGCAGUGCGAGACUAUGUGCCGUACUCGUGGCUCUCACUAGUACAGGUGAAGCGAGAACACUAUGCUGCACUCGCUCACCAUCACUCGGCCGAGGGACUCUUGGCUCGAGACCUUGACAGUCUCAGCGCUCGCACCAAGCAGGCUCUACAGUUGUUACAUCGAGAUACUGACCCUCGCACUCAGCUGGACAUCUCUGAGCCUCACGACGACCAUGAGCGCAAACUGCUAGGACGAGCCCACUUGAGGGCAGCUCUGAUGCUGCAUGAAGAAGCGGAAAGGUUACUGCGUAUGUGUCGAGAGCUGCGGAACAAGCAGGCUCUCACCCAAGUCCUGAGCAGAUCUAGGGAGGCCACACUUACCAUGUACAAUAGUCAUGCCGAGAAGAUUGAUGACUUCAGUGACAUUCUCGAUCCUCCUCACAUACAUGCCUCAACAAAGUUCCAACUGAGCUUAACUCCACCGGACUUUGCACAGUUGCGAGUGGAGGACUUGUUCAAAGGCUUGGGCCCAGUAGCGAUAUUCUCAGCAAAGCACCAUUGGACAGCACCAAGGAGCGUUCAACUUCACCGAGGAGAUGGGGAUGUGGGGUUUGGCUUUAGUGUACGAGGGGACUCUCCUGUCAUCAUAGCUGGGGUGGAUCAUGGUUCAUUGGCACAUUUUGGAGGAAUGAAAGAAGGAGAUUUCAUUGUUUCCAUUGGUGACAAAGAUGUCAAGUGGGCAGUCCAUGAAGAGGUUGUCAGGUUGAUCAAAGAUGCUGGUGACUCUCUCAGUUUAAAACUUGUCACACCAAUGGACAGAAACUACCUAAAGCAACCAUCAAGCAGUUCACAGUCAAGCACUCACAGCAAGUCAAGCAGCAGUAGUCAACCCAGUCCCAGCAACACAGCCAGCUCUCACAAGAAACUGACAUGGAACCCCUUCCGACGUCAGAGGGAGCGAGAGACCAGCUUCAAUCUCAUACUGCGAUAACCAUAUCUUAUUCCCUCCCCACCAUUUACUAGUGUUAUGUGCCAAAGUAAUCAUUUGAUGUUUUGUAUAUUCUAUAUCUAAGAGUGUAAUAAAUGUCUAUUUAAGUUGCUUAAAUGUGCUAAGUUUAUUAUGUAAUUAAUGUGUCUAAUAAAGACCUUAACUGUAGUAUAAUCUCAUUCAAGAUACGUUUUUAAGACAAUAAUGUUAUAUACUAAAAUUUAAUUGCAAGAACAUUGUUAAUAUUGUUAAAAACUAACAGUUUUUUACAUAAUUUUUAAAUUUAUUUUAAUUUUUAUGUAAAAUUAAACAAUAAUAAUGUUUAAAAUAAGAAAUACUGGAAUAAAAACUAAAUAUUACUAUAAAAUUACAUCUUUAUUUUUAUGUUUACCUAGCAAAAUGUAAUGUUAUCAAUUUAAUUCAAGAAUGAUAAAUGAAGUCUAUAAUACAUUGUCCAGUCCUAAUUAUCUUAGAAAUUGAAUCAAUAGAAUGCAACUAUAAUUAUAAAGCGAACAAUAUUGUUAUUGUGUACCAGUGUAUAGCUAUAAGUGUAUACAUGUAAAGCCGUAAUCAUAUAUUUUAAUGUAAAUAAGCUUAUUUUAUCAAACAAUAAGACUGAUAUUUUAGUGGUUUGUCUUCUGGAAAUUUUAUUGUAGAAUUUUUCUACAGUGGGGGAAGGUUAUGGAUUUAUUGAAGGGUUUGGGAAGUAUUGUAAUAUAUGUUCAAUAAAAACUGUACAUUUUUAAAUAACAUAUUUUAUGUAAAUAAAUGUGUCAUGUUAAAA